AUGGACAACGGACCCAAGCAGCUGGGCUCAGUCAGCACCGCCAUAGAACUAUGGACACUUUUGGCUGCUACCCCAGGGUCGGCCUUGUUGCCCAUGGUUUCAAAACCGCGUGGUCCCAAAGCUACUUCAACACCCGACGGCCCCGGAAGUUCCACUACCCAGCAACACCGACCCCAACAGGAUCACCCACCUUAUUAUACCCUCGGUGGUGUCCAUCACUAUGCCGCAAUGAUCUCUAGGAUAGACCCAACUCCCGAGUCGGACACCAGGUACCGCACCACCCCGAUGACUCAAGGUGGACUACCAGUGGGGAAACGGCUGCCGAAGAGCGCAAAAAAAAAACUAGGGGAGAUUGGGGUGCCAAAUCAACAGCUACAUUCCGUCUUUGAUUAUUCAUCUCGGAAGGAUAGAGAGCGACUGCAAGAACCAAUGAUCGCCCAGGCUGUCUUGUGA